AUGGCUUCGUUUCUUAACGGCCAGAACAACAACGGCAUCGGGCUAGCGGCCGCCAUGGCCAAUGGUCAUCCGGUAGCAGCGUCACCAUCGCCGCCGCCGCAGCCGCAGCCGGCCCAACCACUCAACCCGCCGAUUCAACUGCAAGUCCCGACGACGGUCCUACCCCCGUCGGCCAAGAACCACGUCAACUCUUACCCGGUGGUUGCUCUGCCGACCUCGGCUCUCGCUCAUCACCAGCAGACCCACCACCAGGAGUUGAAUUCCAUGCCGCCGAUGCCUCUGGCCGCGCCACCACCGACCGCGUCUGCUCUUGCGGACGCCCCAGCCUCCUCGCCGAUGCCCGCUAUUCAGCUUCAAGCGCCCAUACCCAUCGAGCAACCAUGCUGA